AUGUCUGUCACCCCACUGAGCCCCUCCUACAGUUUAGGGGUCACACCCACUUGAAUGUUCUUCAUAUGACGAACCUCCACCAGCCGAGUCUCCAACAGAGCAAAUGAGGAAAAUAUGAUAUAUUAUGAUUUAUGUUAGUAACAAUACAAUAUGGGAAUUUUAUCCCAAAGCUACCUACAGCUAACAUAUAUAUUUAUGUAUGUGAUCUAUGUAAAUAAAGGAGUAUAACACAGCUGUAAAACUGUGAAGGACUAUAUGGUGGAGGCCUACCCAUUUCCCAGGAGCAUUGUAAAAAGUGGAUUUGGGUACAGUGUUUAUUUCCCCCUAAUAUCUUUGAAGAUUACACCUAAAAUAAUUAGGCCUACUUCUUUCUACUGCUGAUCUGAGACCAUUAGGGUUAAACAUUACAGAUAUAAAUGCAAUAUAUGGAGUAGAAAAGAUUGCCUGCCCACCAAAGAAUCAACAUACGUUCUACAUGGUCUAUUUCUAUCUGAAUGUAACACCUCAAUCAAGCUUGUUAAUUGAUCGUUAAGUCCUGUUUGUCAGGUAAAAGGUCAUUAGUGGCCUAUAUAAGCCUCAUACAGGCCACGGGAAGACAUUACCUGUUGAUAACACAGACUAUUCUCAUGAUCAUGGGAGGUGUGAGAGAAUUACUGCUCUUUGUGAUGACUGUGGGGGUUGUCAAAGUUUCUUGUUACCCUGUUGGAAAGUCCCAGAAGCAAGAGCAAGUCUCUCUGCAGAGCAGACUUGGAGAGCUGUCAUCAAACGACAUCUCCAUUGUGCAUGCCCUGGCCUUGCUCCGAUCCAUAGGGUCUGACGCUAAACAAGACAGAGAAGAGUAUUUAGAGACUAAUGAAGUAGAAUCCCAAGCUUCUCCAAACCAUGGUAGCUCUACGGCAAAUGAUGCCCUGUCCUCUGACGACGCUACCUCUGAAGCUGCCACUGGCCCGUCUGACGACGCCACCUCUGAAGCUGCCACUGGCCCGUCUGACGACGCCACCUCUGAAGCUGCCACUGGCCCGUCUGACGACGCCACCUCUGAAGCUGCCACUGGCCCGUCUGACGACGCUGCCACUGGCCCGUCUGACGACGCUGCCACUGGCCCGUCUGACGACGCUGCCACUGGCCCGUCUGACGACGCUACCUCUGAAGCUGCCACUGGCCCGUCUGACGACGCCACCUCUGAAGCUGCCACUGGCCCGUCUGACGACGCCACCUCUGAAGCUGCCACUGGCCCGUCUGACGACGCCACCUCUGAAGCUGCCACUGGCCCGUCUGACGACGCCACCUCUGAAGCUGCCACUGGCCCGUCUGACGACGCCACCUCUGAAGCUGCCACUGGCCCGUCUGACGACGCCACCUCUGAAGCUGGCCCGUCUGACGACGCCACCUCUGAAGCUGGCCCGUCUGACGACGCCACCUCUGAAGCUGGCCCGUCUGACGACGCCACCUCUGAAGCUGGCCCGUCUGACGACGCCACCUCUGAAGCUGGCCCGUCUGACGACGCCACCUCUGAAGCUGGCCCGUCUGACGACGCCACCUCUGAAGCUGGCCCGUCUGACGACGCCACCUCUGAAGCUGGCCCGUCUGACGACGCCACCUCUGAAGCUGGCCCGUCUGACGACGCCACCUCUGAAGCUGGCCCGUCUGACGACGCCACCUCUGAAGCUGGCCCGUCUGACGACGCCACCUCUGAAGCUGGCCCGUCUGACGACGCCACCUCUGAAGCUGGCCCGUCUGACGACGCCACCUCUGAAGCUGGCCCGUCUGACGACGCCACCUCUGAAGCUGGCCCGUCUGACGACGCCACCUCUGAAGCUGGCCCGUCUGACGACGCCACCUCUGAAGCUGCCGCUGGCCCGUCUGACGAUGCCAUUGAGGAACUGUUCACUUCUGCAUCUGAGCCCCCGUUGACCACAAACAUGGAUAUCUGAUGUGGGACAUGGUGCUCGGGGUCCAUGCAAGAGUUCAUGGGUAUUCUAGUCCAGGUUGUGUGUGUAACUGCAUUUUUUGUUUUGGCUCAAUUAAACGUUAACUGUAA